AUGCGCAGUCGGCACAGUGCUGACGCUCUCCUCCUCCUCCUCCCCCCCGUCUCACCCCCUCCCCCGGCACAGAUGCAGCAGGAGCGGCUCCUCAAAGUGCUGGUGAUCGGGGACCUGGGCGUGGGAAAGACCUCCAUCAUCCAGCGCUACGUGCACCAGGUGUUCUCUCAGCACUAUCGAGCGACCAUCGGAGUCGACUUCGCUUUGAAGGUUCUGCCCUGGGACCAGAGGGGCCCGGUGAAGCUGCAGCUGUGGGACAUCGCGGACUCUCCUCUGGACCCAGGUCUGAGCUCUCAGCACUAA